AAAAAAAUCACAUUUGAUGUUCACAUCAGUUGAUGAAAAUACAUUCCAAGUGGAUAAACUAACAUUGGAAAAACGGUUCUUCCAAAAAAAUUAAAUUAAUUUCUUUACUUAAAACCCAAGCAAAAAUGUCCGUAAUAACUCAAUACAAAUACGUUCAAGAUGAGCCAAUAAAUCCGUGGCAUCAUCCAGCUAAGAAAGCACUGGGCGCAGAUACAAACGAACAAUACGAUACACAUGCUAUCAACAAUGAGUCAAACAACGAUAAACAGAAUGGUAUUGAUCACAGUGAAAGUAAUGGAAUUGAUGAACACGUCGAUGAUUGUGCCGUUGAUGAGAAAGCUGGGAAGCUGCUGACUAAAGUAGGAAGAUGUGAUGGCAACAGCUCAACAAACAAGGCGAGACCUAGUGUAAACGAAGAAAUUGGAUACCUAAAACAAGAGCCUGGUUUUGCACUGAAAGCCAUUCACGCUGGACAAAAGCCAGAGCUUUGGCAAUGCAAGGCCGUUGUUUUACCCAUUUAUAUGACGACUUCGUACAAAAAACAAGAUUUGGAUCCCACAUUGGAGCUCAAUCAUUAUGACAAUCCGACACGAACAGUUUUGGAGAAUACGUUAGCUGCACUCGAUGUGGGCAAAUAUUGUUUGUCGUUCCCAUCAGGAACUGGUGGACAAAUGACAUUGAUAUCAACAAUGACACCUGGCGAUAGGAUUAUAUGUGGUGACAAUAUUUACACCGGUACGAUUGGUCUCUUCCGCGAUAUUGCAGUCAAUUUUGGCAUCGAGACAGACUUUGUUGAUCUCACAAAGCAUGACCAUUUGAGGAAAGCUCUGACACCAAAAACGAAGAUGGUGUGGAUGGAAACACCAACCAAUCCGAUGAUGAUUGUCUUGGAUAUUCGGGGAAUCGCAGAGAUUGUCCAUAAAGAAAGCAGUGCCAUUCUGGUGGUCGAUAACACACCGUUGUCUAGUUAUUUUCAACGUCCACUCAUGCUAGGGGCCGACGCAGUUGCAUACUCUUUAACCAAAUUUAUGAACGGGCACAAUGAUGUUGUCAUGGGCUCCAUUUCUACAAACAGUCAAGAUCUCUAUGAAAAGCUGAAACUGGCACAAAAUAUCACAGGAAUUAUACCGUCACCGUUCGACUGUUACAUGGUCUACAGAAGUUUGAAAACGUUAGCUAUUCGAAUGGAACGUCACUCGGAAAAUGCGCUGAUACUUGCCAGAUACCUAGAAUCGCAUCCCAGAGUCAGCAAAGUGCUUCAUCCCGGUCUGCCAUCACAUCCACAGCAUAAGCUUGCCAUUUCUCAGUCGUAUGGACAGUCGGGAAGUUUCUGUUUCUACAUCAAAGACGGAACGUUGGACAUGACAAAGAAAUUCUUGAAAACGUUAAACGUUUUCAUGUGGGCCGACAGUUUGGGAGGUUGUGAGAGUCUGGCUCAAGCACCCCUUUUAUGGUUUGCUGUGCCUACGACCUUUUCGAACGAAGAGGUCAUUGAACUUGGAUUGGUUGAAAAUUUGAUCCGGUUGUCAUGUGGAUUAGAAGACGUUCAGUUCUUAAUUGAAGACUUAAAUCAAGCGUUGAAUGGUCUGUGAUUGUACGCUUACCAUUACAAAUAGUUCGACCCUCCUAAUUAUAUUAAUUGUGAUGGAAUUGUGACUCAAAAGGCAAAACAGAAAGUUAGAGUCACGCACAGACGUUCUUGUUUUUGUGUUGAAUUUUAAGUAAUUUAGAGCCUAAGCGACACAACUAAACACAAAAUCACUAAUAUCACUAACUAUACUGAGGCUGGACAUUGUGGAAUUUGAGUUUUUAAAGUUUCGUAAAUAAAUUGGAAGGCGGUUGUGACAUGUAAUCGUUAAAGCGGAAAAUAAAUCAAUAAAAUAAGGAAAUCGU